AGCCGAAGAUGUCGGCUCGGUCAUGUGAUCAGCUGUGUCCAAUCACAGGAUCACAUGGGACAUCUACACUGAUCAUCAGGGCACUGAUGAUCAGUGUGCCCUGAUGAUCAGUGUAGCCCCAGCAGUGACACCUGUCAGUGUCCAUCAGUGCCAUGUGUCAGUGCUCAUCAGUGCCACAUCAAUGCCGCAUACCAGUGCACAUCAAUCAUCUGAGCUGCCUUUCAGUGUCAUCAGUGCCCAAUCUGCCAUCUAUCAGAUGCUGCCUAUUCAGUGCCAUCCUAUCAGUGCCAGUCAGUGCUGCCUAUCAGUGUGCCAGUCAGUGCCACCUAUCAGUGCCAGUCAG